AAGGGAAAGGGAAGGGGAGGGGAGGAAAGGACCGGCCCGGAGUCGCCACGCCUGGCAGCCCGCCGGCGGACAUUGUCGGCGGCCCGGGGACGGGGGGGGGCGGGGGCCCGAGGGCCCGGCGGCGGCACUGAGGGAAACGAUUCAUCCGGCUGUCCGGCCGUCCGUCCGUCCGGCCGGUCCCCGAACGAGGCGCGCGGACGGCGCUCUCCCCGCGCGCGCGCGCGCCCCCAGAAGGGCCGGGGUACCCCGCGUGCCGGAAAAGAUGGCGGAAGAGGCGAGCGACGAGAAGAAGCCACUGGCCAAAUUCGAGCUGGAGCGGGAGACGGAGUUGCGCUUCGAGGUGGAGGCCUCUCAGUCGGCCCAGCUGGAGCUGUUGGCCGGCAUGGCGGAGAUCUUCGGCACGGAGCUGACCCGCAACAAGAAAUUCACGUUCGACGCGGGCGCCAAAGUGGCCGUCUUCACCUGGCACGGCUGCUCGCUGCAGCUCAGCGGCCGCACCGAGGUGGCCUACGUCUCCAAGGACACCCCCAUGCUGCUCUACCUCAACACUCACACGGCCCUGGAGCAGAUGCGGCGGCAGGCGGAGCGCGAGGAAGAGCGGGGGCCGAGGGUCAUGGUGGUGGGCCCCACCGACGUGGGCAAGUCCACCGUCUGCCGGCUGCUGCUCAACUACGCCGUGCGCCUGGGCCGGCGGCCCACGUACGUCGAGCUGGACGUGGGCCAGGGCUCCGUCUCCAUCCCCGGCACCAUGGGCGCGCUCUACAUCGAGCGGCCGGCCGACGUAGAGGAAGGUUUCUCCAUCCAGGCCCCGCUGGUCUACCACUUUGGCUCCACCACCCCCGGGACCAACAUCAAGCUCUACAACAAGAUCACAUCCCGGCUGGCGGACGUCUUCAACCAGCGGUGCGAGGUGAAUCGGCGAGCGUCCGUGAGCGGCUGCGUCAUCAACACGUGCGGCUGGGUCAAGGGUUCGGGCUACCAGGCCCUGGUGCACGCGGCCUCGGCCUUCGAGGUGGACGUAGUGGUGGUGUUGGACCAGGAGCGGUUGUACAACGAGCUGAAGCGUGACCUGCCUCACUUCGUGCGCACCGUGCUGCUCCCCAAGUCGGGCGGGGUGGUGGAGCGGUCCAAGGACUUCCGGCGGGAGUGCCGGGACGAGCGCAUCCGGGAGUAUUUCUACGGGUUCCGGGGCUGCUUCUAUCCCCACGCCUUCAACGUCAAGUUCUCGGAUGUCAAGAUCUACAAAGUGGGGGCCCCCACCAUCCCCGAUUCUUGCCUUCCGCUGGGCAUGUCCCAGGAGGACAAUCAGCUGAAGCUGGUGCCGGUCACCCCGGGCCGGGACAUGGUGCACCACCUGCUGAGCGUCAGCACCGCCGAGGGCACCGAGGAGAACAUCUCCGAGACCAGCGUGGCCGGCUUCAUCGUGGUCACCAGCGUGGACCUGGAGCACCAGGUCUUCACCGUUCUCUCCCCGGCCCCCCGCCCUCUGCCUAAGAACUUUCUGCUCAUCAUGGACAUCCGCUUCAUGGAUCUCAAGUAGAUUCCUCCGCCCCCUCCCCUCCCCCUGCAGAUUGUUCUGGACCUAACCCGGAGUAAAGGAAACUUCCGUGGGAGACGAUCGGUGCGAGAACUGUGGAGAGGUGGGUGGGAAACGGAGGCAGGGGAUUCGGGGUCGGGAGCGGGGAGAGGGGGUCUCCAGCUCUCCCCAAAGGGCCCGGGGCUCCCCUCACUCCAUAUCCCUCUUUCCACUGGGGAGGGGGAGGGCCCUGGGGCUCACAGUGCAGGCGGGAGACCCUGGCACGGCUGUGGGUUCCUGGGGGGCCGCUUGGAAUGAACGGUCACAGAGAGUAGGCGCCCCUUUUUUGGGUUUGCUUCUAAGUAAGGGACCGGUUCUUUUUCUCUCUCUCCUGCUCUUCCCGCUCCUUGGUUUGAGCCGGGACUGGCAGGAGCCCCUUCAACUGAAUUCCAAGUUUUAAAGACUUUUUUUUUUGUACUUUUAAAUAAAUAUUUUUUCAGGUGCCCAGAAUACA